UGAUGCCAAGUAGAGAUGAGCUUCUUAUGUUUGGUUCUGUUAUUGGGUUGCUUAUGUUCAUUUGUGCUGCCUGAUGCUCAAGGAGACGCUCUAUAUGCGUUGAAGCUAUCACUGAAUGCUUCAUCUAACCAGCUUACUGAUUGGAAUGUAAAUCAAGUGAACCCUUGUACUUGGUCGCGUGUUAACUGUGACCCGAGCUACAAUGUCAUUCAAGUUUCGCUAGCAUUAAUGGGACUCACAGGAACCUUGACCCCAAGAAUAGGAGUUCUAAAAAAUCUUACUGCUCUUUCUUUGCAAGGGAAUGCCAUCACAGGAAACAUACCAAAAGAAUUAGGAAAUCUGACAAACUUGGGCAGGUUGGAUUUGGAAAAUAACAGAUUAACUGGCCAAAUACCAUCUUCCCUUGGCAAUCUAAAUAAGCUCCAAUUCUUGACACUAAGUCAAAACAAUCUCAAUGGCACUAUACCGGAGUCACUUGGCAAUCUCCCAAGCUUGAUCAAUGUCAUGUUAGAUUCAAAUGAUCUUAGUGGUGAAAUCCCGGAGCAGUUGUUCAAAGUAACUAAGUACAAUUUCACUGGAAAUAAAUUGAAUUGUGGCGUGAAUUAUCCUCAUCCUUGUGCAUCUAGCAAUACAGACCAAGGUUCACCACAUAAAUUGAAAGUUGGACUCAUUAUUGGAAUUAUUAUCGGGUUAAUUGUUAUUCUUUUCCUUGUUGGCCUUCUAUUCUUUUGGUGCAAAAAUAAACACAAGGGUUACAAGCGUGAAAUUUUUGUUGAUGUUGCAGGUGAAGUUGACCGACGAAUUGCAUUUGGUCAACUAAAGAGAUUUGCAUGGAGAGAACUACAGAUAGCAACAGACAACUUCAGUGAGAAAAAUGUUUUAGGACAAGGAGGAUUUGGAAAGGUUUACAAAGGUGUUCUUGCUGAUAACACAAAAGUUGCUGUGAAAAGGUUAACUGAUUAUGAAAGCCCUGGGGGAGAUGCAGCUUUCCAGCGUGAAGUUGAAAUGAUAAGUGUAGCUGUUCAUCGUAACCUGUUACGAUUGAUUGGGUUUUGCACAACUCCAACUGAACGCCUGUUAGUUUAUCCCUUCAUGCAAAAUUUGAGUGUCGCCUAUCGUCUACGAGAACUUAAGCCUGGGGAACCUGUUUUAGACUGGCCUACAAGAAAAAGAGUGGCUCUGGGAACAGCUCGUGGCCUUGAAUAUCUUCAUGAGCAUUGCAAUCCCAAAAUUAUUCAUCGAGAUGUGAAGGCAGCUAAUGUAUUACUUGAUGAAGAUUUUGAGGCAGUUGUUGGCGACUUUGGUUUGGCAAAGUUAGUUGAUGUCCGCAAGACUAAUGUGACAACUCAAGUUCGUGGAACAAUGGGCCAUAUAGCUCCUGAAUACUUGUCCACUGGAAAGUCGUCAGAGAGGACUGAUGUUUUUGGCUAUGGGAUUAUGCUUUUGGAGCUGGUUACAGGUCAAAGAGCAAUUGACUUCUUUAAGUAAAAUGGCAUCGUUGAUUGUUUGUGUGUCCAUCGUUCUUAUGAAUAUCUUUGUUCUUUUUUGGCUCAACAGGUUAAGAAAUUAGAACGGGAGAAGAGACUAGACGCUAUUGUUGACCGCAACCUAAAUAAAAAUUACAAUAUACAAGAGGUAGAAAUGAUGAUACAAGUUGCAUUGCUUUGCACACAAGGAACACCAGAGGAUCGGCCACUGAUGUCCGAGGUUGUAAGAAUGCUAGAAGGAGAAGGUUUGGCUGAAAGGUGGGAGGAAUGGCAGCAUGUGGAAGUCAAUCGGAGGCAAGAAUAUGAGAGAUUACAAAGAAGAUUCGACUGGGGUGAAGAUUCAGUCUACAAUCAAGAUGCCAUUGAGUUGUCUGGUGGGAGAUAAAAUCCAUAAACUGAACCAGUUAUGUUGUAUCAAUAUAUACCUUUUUUGGUAGGUUAGCUCAAAAAGAUGUGUUGCUAUUGCUCUAAAGCUGUUAAGAAGUUAAAAGGAAGUAACUAUUUAUGCAUUUUCCUAUGAUGCUUAUGGACUGAGGUUUCAUAAAAAAGAAAUCCAUUUAGAAAACUUGAUAGUUUUAAGGUUGGUGAUUUUCUCUGUUAAUCCCAAAAUCUUCCUAGUGCAGUAGCGGCUUUUGCUUGUAGAUUGACUCAGAAUUCAGAACCUCCGUCAAGAGCUGAUGCUUCAGUAGCCUCCAACCUUAAGGCUCCAUAUUAGCUGCGAAGUGGGGUAAAUUUUUUAGCUUAGUUUUUUUUUGGAACAAAACAUUGUUUGGCUGUAUUUCUUAAAGGCCAAAUUUCUGCAUGAAUUGGUUCCAUUUGCAAUUUAUUAAUGGAUCUACUUUACUUUAUUGUAA